CACUGAGGGAAAGCCGAGAAGAGAGAGAGGGAGCAAAAUUACAGAUGUAGAGAGAGAAACAGAGGCAGAAAGAGAGGAAAUCUAGAUAGAGAGAGAGGGGGGAAGUGAGAAGGUGAUGACGAUGGACAGAGAAAAGGAGAGAGAGAUAGAGCUAGAGAGUGCAAUGUACACUAACUGUUUGUUGUUAGGGCUCGAUCCAUCGAUCAUCGGCAUCGGAGCCAACACCGGCACCCCUCGGGUCGGUCUCUUCCGCCAUUCAAACCCUAAAUUGGGCGAACAGCUUCUCUACUUCAUCUUGUCUUCUCUUCGAGGUCCAGUGCAAUCCGCAAAAGACUUCGAUAAAGUUUGGCCAAUUUUCGAUUCUGCGCAGUCGCGCGACUUUCGGAAGGUUGUGCAAAGUAUAAUCAGUGAGCUUGAAUCGCAAGGGGCACUACCUAGGAGCAAUUCAAGGGUUUCGUCGCUCGCUACGUGUUGUGGACCGAGAUUUGUUGAACUCUUGUGGCAACUUUCUUUGCAUGCUUUGCGGGAGGUUCAUAGACGAACAUUUGCAGCUGAUGUUGCUUCUAACCCGCUUCCUGCUUCAUUGACAGAUGUAGCUUUCUCGCAUGCAGCUACGCUACUUCCUGUAACAAAGGCUAGAAUAGCACUUGAACGGAGGAGGUUUCUGCAAAAUGCUGAGACAGCAGUCCAAAGACAGGCUAUGUGGUCAAAUUUGGCUCAUGAAAUGACAGCAGAAUUCCGUGGUCUUUGUGCUGAAGAGGCUUAUUUGCAGCAAGAACUGGAAAAGCUACAUGACUUGAGAAACAAAGUAAAGUUGGAAGGGGAACUGUGGGAUGAACUUGUAUCUAGCUCAAGUCAUAAUUCUCAUUUAGUUCAAAGAGCCACUCGCUUAUGGGAUUCUUUAUUAGCUCGAAAGAGUCAACAUGAAGUUCUUGCCUCAGGCCCUAUUGAGGACCUGAUAGCUCAUCGGGAGCAUAGGUACCGCAUCUCUGGAUCAGCUUUGGUUGCAGCUAUGGAUCAAAGUUCUCAGGUACCUUAUGCAGAUGUUUUGACCGUCCAGCCUGGUAAUCUAUUAGAUGACAAAGAACAGACAGAUGGAUCAUAUGCCAAUGUAAAUAGAGAAAAGCCAAACAAUGGUUUUGAUUCUUCUAUGCAAAAUGAUGAAAAAUUUUCUCGAGUGGACGAUAGAAGUGGAAGAGUUCACCCCACUGUUGAUAUAGCAGAAAUUCUCCGGCGUUGGACGCAUGCCUUACAACGUAUUCAUAAACAGUCCCUUCAGCUGGCAAAAGCUAAUGAUGGGGAGGGUCCUGAGCUUCUUCGAAGUGCACAUGAUGGCAGUACUAGUGGCCAUGCUGAAUCAUUGGCAGCAACUCUUACUGAACAUCAGCAACACUUAGCUAGCAUACAGGUGCUCAUCAAUCAACUGAAGGAUGUUGCCCCAGCAAUACAAAAUUCAAUAACAGAGCUUACAGAGGAAGUGAACAGUGUUUCCUCCAAUCUUCCCCCAGCUACCAAGCAUAAUGGCAGAUCAACCUCACCUAUUCAAGCACAGAGCAUUGGAAGAGCAACGGAAAGUAGUAGUGAUGAAGUUGCUGAUGUGGCUUCGAGAUUAUCAACAGUUCAGCUAGAGAAAGUGUCAGCCAGUCCCCCUGCUUUAAAACUCCCUCCUUUGUUUAGUGUGACACCAAAUUCUACUGCGAAAGGUGGGAAUGUGCAAAAGCGACACACCUUAGCUCAAACUAAUCAAACAGAAAAUAUUUCAGAAAGGAAGUCUCUGGACCAGCCUCUGUCAAAUAGUAAUCACGCUGAUAAUCCCCCACAAGACAGUGACAAUUCUUAUGUCCAGAACUUAAAGCGGUCUGUCAGAGAAGCUGCUCUGUCAAUGCAGUCUUGCAAUUUGGAAUCAUCACAGGACAAUCGAUCUGAUGAUAGUUCUGAGCACUACUUUGUUCCACUUUCAGGAACUGGGUUUUCUCAUAUUGGCCCAGAUAAAAAACUAGGUCCAGUAAGGAGUAAAAUGUUGUUUGCAUCUCAAGACCUUUCUGUUGAGAAUCGUGCUCCAAAUGGUCAUGCUCAGAGCAAGUACAAGGAACUACCACAAAUGUUAAAUGACUUGGAAUCAUUUCCUGAGUAUGACAGUGUAAGUGAUUUUCUCUCAGCUGCUGGGUCAAAUUUCACAGUUUCCGAUUCACAGAAGUCGUAUUAUGACACGGGGGAAGUUCAAGAUCAAGUAUUCUCGCCUCCUUUGCUAAUGGACACAUCAUUCUUUGGAGAUUCUUAUGAAGACUUACUCGCACCAUUAUCAGAAACUGAAACCGCCUUGAUGGAGCGCUAAAAUCAGACUGUGGACAACCCUACUGUUGUAUUCUCCAGGAGAUAAUUAAGUUGCUGUUAACUUGUGUUUUCAUUUAUCCAUUGCGAUAUUCUUCUAUCCAAUUUCUUUGUGUAUGAAAUGGUUGCCUGUAUGAAUCUCUGUUCCUUCUUCCAGCCUUGUCAUGUAUUCCCUCUCCUACAUAUGCACAUUCUCUAUCCAGUAUUCAGGAGCAUAGCUUUGACGUUGAAAUCAUAAUCAUGUGCCAAUUGAUUCAAGUUUUUGGAGACUAGAAAUCAGUGACCAACCAAAUAAUCAGUUUGGUGCGAAAUUCUACUGGGGUUACCUUUACUACCUCUUCCAGACCUUACUGUAUGCAGAAGCCUUGUGCAUUGGGUAAGACUUUUUGUUUUGUUUUGUUUUUCAGAUUGUCUUGUGUUGGUUGACUCUCAAAGUUAAUUGUCGAUGAACUAAUUUAUACGUGUUGAUUUAUGCGUUGCAUGGGAUACAUCAGUUUCUGUUGCGAUUAGAUAAAAUGUGAGAAUUUUCAGUCUUGGCUGUUGCAACGUUCUUCUACUCUGUAAUUCAUUUAUUCUAUAUGGCAUCAUUUGUAUUUUUUUUGCUUCUCA